AUGACUGGCUUUUUCCACUACUGGACGGACGCAAUGCCGAAGAUGGAUUUGUUUGAGUUCUUGAGACAGAAAGUCAUGUGGAAUGUUGGUACAUCUGAAGUGGAAUUCAGUACCUUGAUCUUGCUGGAAGACUGUGAUUUGUGCCUGGAGCAAUUGAAGAAGAGCUAUCUGCACCCGGCUGCUAGCAAUAAUGGAGGACAUGAUGUUGGGUGGAACUAUACAGCAAGAGCUGCUAUAAGAUAA